AUGGAUGAUCAAGGAGAAGAAGAGUAUGUCGAUUGCCUCGUGAAUGAAGGCGACGAGGACGCCACAUUGGUGGCGGAUUUCGAAGCUACAGCAAUCGAGUUGUUGCAGGAUGAUCCGGAAUUAUCCUCAGCCUUUAGUGCCUAUACUGAGGCUCGUCGCAGGUUAUCCGAAAAGUUCAAGAACAGAGGCUUUUGGACGACAUCCAGCCGAUCAACGUCACAAUCGACCAAGGGAAAGUUUGGUUCAUCAAAGGGUUCUGGGAAGGGAAAGAAUGCAUGGCAGCAAAAGCCUCGACGUAGCUUGCAAGAUCGAAUCUUGAAUUCGUACUGCCGGAACUGCAAUAGGAAGGGUCACUGGAAGGCGGAAUGCCCAUUCCGUCAGAGCAACAGUCAAGCUUCCUCAACAGCUGCCGGAGGAACCACAGGAUCGUCGAGCAUGCCAGCCACUGCAGUAUCCACAGAUCAGCAAGACCAAGAUGUUCUUCCCCUGGAAUUUUUGAGUGAGAACCGAGCACCCGCCAAGAUGCUGCUAGCCGACACGCUGAGAAGACAGCGUGAAAUGCAUCCGAAACACCAGAUGUGUGUUCAUGCCAAGAGCCCACUGACAGAGUCGAAACAUGUAGGAACGCCUUUCCUCAUCAGCAAUACGCUCAUGAGAGCAAUCGAGAUUCCAGCAACGACGACCGUGGAGAGCCUGGACCACCUUCGACUGGAAGAUCUGGUCACAGAGACCAUUUCGUUCGGCCAGAAGCAUCAGGGCCAUUCCUAUCAGGAAGCAUGGGAAGACCAAGAAUGGGUCCACUUCAUGAUCAACCGCUACCAAGGAUCGACGAAGGAGAGCCACCGCAGAUUCAUGAGGUUUAUCGAGCUCAAGAUCGAGGAGAUGGAACAAGCACAGAUCGUGCUGCCUCGCCGCCAGACCCCGAGCGGGCAGAGUCAUCUCCAAGCGCGACCAAAGCCCAUGGCAAAGAGCCUAGCCACGCCCACCUCUUUGCAGGCUGGGGUCGACGACUGGGAUGUGGAGUCCGAGAUGUUCAUCCCAGUGACUACGGCCUAUGCCUCGGGCCAAACCUCAGAAGAAGUGAUGGCCUUGCAGACCAGAAUGUUGAACAUGGAGAAUGCACUGACCCGAGUAAUCCAUCACAUCGAAGAGCAGGCCAUGCAGAACAAGGGCCACCAGGGGACCGAGGCAGUGAUGGAAGAACUACCACGAGUAGGAGAACCCAAUACCACUCCGCCGGUGGUUGUGAAACCGCCCCUGGAUCCGAUCGUGGCACAGCAAGGACCUCCGACAGAAAUGGUGGUGGACUCUGGAACCGAAAUGAAUAGCCAAGAAUUUGCAGAAUUCACACAGCGAUUCAAUAUCCGUACCACCACGACGGCUCCAGAGGCGACACAAGAGGAGUCAAGCAUGAGUCCACUCAGUUUUCGCCAAACCUUGGCGAUCAGAGAAGCGGCCCGCCGAUCGUCUUUGCCAGAGGAGGGAUCACCUGAAGAAAUGCCUGAAGAAGAACUCACUGAGCCUGCCAGUCCUGGAGACCAGGAAUUGCUGUACCUGACCUGCCAUGAACCAACAAAUGCGUUCACGUGCGAAGACGCGGGCACCUUGAGUUGGUCAUGUGAGUUUGACAUUCCUCUGGAAGAACCUCUAUAUGAACGAACACCUAAUGCUGAAGAGACCUGGUUACUCUUAGCGACAGCCACAAAGAAGCAAAGAACAGAGGUGAAGUUGUCAAACUUGUCCGCAGCUGAGUUUACAGAAUUCCAAAAGGCCAAACAGGCUGAAGUGGAUAACUGGAUCAAGACUGGGAUCAUCAGCGCCAUUCUCAAGAAUCAAAUUCCAGAAGAACAAAAUUUAAGGUGCCGUUGGAUCCUCACAUGGAAACCUCUUGACAAUAUCAGCCAAAAGGAAAACACGACCCUGCAAGAGAAAGCCAAAACUACCUGCCAGAACCGGUCCCAUAAGGCUAAGGCCAGGUUGGUGGUACUGGGGUAUCUAGAUCCCAAAUUAGAAGAGGUUCCUCGUGAUAGCCCAACCCUUAAUAAAACUUCCAGAAUGAUCGUUCUACAAACUAUUGCCUCUCACUCUUGGAAAAUGAGAUCUUUUGAUAUAAAGGCCGCAUUCCUCCAGGGACAGCCCCAAGCUGACAGGGUAAUAGCCAUAGACCCGGUCCCAGAGUUGAGAAAGGCCAUGAACCUAAAGCCUCAAGAAAUAUGCCGACUGAAUAAGGGAGCAUACGGUCUCAUAGACGCCCCGUAUCUAUGGUACUGUGCUCUGGUGAACGAACUCUUGCGCCUUGGCUUUGAAGCGUGUCCUUUUGAUCCCUGCUGUUUCGUGCUUAGAACACCUGCCACCAAAGAACAUGACAGCAGACUGGAAGGAAUUUUGGGAAUCCAUGUAGAUGAUGGGAUAGGUGGGGGAAGCCCAGUUUUCGAAGAAGCCAUCAAACAACUUGAAAAGACAUUCCCAUUUGGUUCCCACAAAGUUUCAGCAUUCACCUUCACAGGAAUCGAACUCAAUCAACACCAUGACUUUAGCAUCACAAUGAACCAAUCAGCCUACGUGCGUAAGAUCAAUCCAAUUACAAUCGAAUCCAACAGAAAAUCCCAACUUGAAAAUCCAGUCACCGAACCCGAGAGAUUAGCCUUGCGCGGUCUUGUAGGGAGCUUACAAUACGCAGCUAUAAACACCAGACCAGAUCUCUCCAGCAAAUUAUCAUUUCUCCAAUCUACACUUAACCAUGCCAAAAUCGAAAAUUUGAUGGAUGCCAAUCGCCUACUACAUGAAGCCAAGAAACACCAUGAAGUUACAAUCACUAUCAAACCAAUACCAUACUCAGAUUUCAGAUUCCUUGCAUUCUCAGACGCUUCAUUUUCAUCAUCAACCAAACCCGAUUCACAUGCAGGCUCCAUUAUAGUAGGAACUCAUCGAGACAUCAAUCAAAACUGUCAGUGUCCAAUCAGUCCACUCACAUGGGGUUGCAGAAAGAUUCAGAAGGUGGUGACAAGCACUCUUUCAGCAGAGACGAUGGCUUUGUCUUCAACCCUUGACCAGCUGAGCUGGCUGAGACUGUUUUGGAGUUGGAUACACGAUCCGACAGUGCAGUGGAGGAAGCCCGAAGAUGCCCUUCAGAAAUUGGCACCAGCCAUAACCGUUCCCACGAAAUCAGAGGAUGCCGACCUCACGAUAACUGAUUGUAAAAGCCUCUUUGACAUGAUAACACGAACUGCUCCACCUUCAUGUUCAGAAUUUCGUGUACAAUUGAUGGCAAGAGCAAUCAAGGAGUCUUUGAGAGAGGGCACCAUCCUCCGAUGGGUUCCGAGCGGGGCACAACUGGCCGACGCACUUACAAAAGCUAUGGAGUCCAACUUUCUAAGGGAGACCUUAAGAUUGGGAUACUAUAAGCUGUGUGACGAAGCCUCCACUUUGAAAGAACGUGCCAAGACCAAAGACCGAUUGAGAUGGCUCCGGUCGCAACCUGAAUCUCAUUCGAAUAAAAUAUAA